GCAUUUACAUCUUGGCGUUUUUCAGGGAGAGUUCGUCUGUUUGACGGUAUCUAGCAGAAAUGAGAUUUUGACUCUAUGCAUCUCCUGUGCCUAUGUGUUGCUCAGCUCAGCUCCUAUGCGGUCUGAUUGUACGUCCACAUACUGCUUUCACCAUACGAAUCACUCCAUCCAUGAAUACUCGCAACGAUCCCUCCCUCGGGCCCCUCUUCAUCCGACAGCAGUUGCUUAUCCAGCUCGAUCACUUCAGCAUGAUAUGGACCGAUAGAUGUGUCUGCAGAUCAUUCUACAUUCGUUACGAGAGACGGUUAUGUCGGGAACUAUACGGAUGUGUUGGGAACCGCAGCGUUACAUUGGUCAUUCGGCACCGAAGCAACGGAGGAGCAUAGAGCCGUAGGCAUGAAUCUGUAGACAGAGAAGUCAGCCUUGUGAUAAUCCAGAAAGAGCGAUAGAAUGUGAGGAAGUGC